GCGGAACUUCCAGCGCGAGCGGGACGAGUUCCGCCAGCGGUGCCAGGUUUGGGGCGUGAGCCCUCGGACGGUAGAGCAGGAGAACGCCAUGAUGCCCCUGUACCUCGAUGCGUCGUUCUUCGCGGGCUACAACCACGACCGCGCCGACGAGCUGCACGCAGCCGCGCGCUACUUCCCGCCGAACGCGGGAGUAGGCAACCACAGCAAGAUGGAGGCCACGCUGGCGGCCAUGAAGGGCCACCGGCGACUCGGCCACGGGCAGACGCGCUUCCCCUUACCGAAGCCGCUGGUCUUUGCGGCGGUGGGGCUCGCCCUCCAUUGGGACUGGCGCGACAUGGCCAUCGCGCUGUGCUUGAGCUGGGGCGCGUACUUGCGCCUCCCCACCGAUCUGCUGCAGCUGACGGGAGCCUCGCUGCUGCCGCCCACCCGCGUGAGAGGGCAAGCCCUGCCAGCCGCCGGCACGCGGGCCCUGCUGCUGUACCCAGAGGAGCAGCCGCUGCGGAGCAAGGCCAGGCAGCGCGACGAGAGCGCGGCCCUGGCGGCCAGCAUGUCGACCGUCAUCGGCAGCCAGCUCCAGUGCAUGACGGUGCGCCACGGGGCAGCCAGCUGCGACGCGGCCGAGGGCAAGCGCGGCCUGGCCGAUAUCCAGUUCAGGCUGCGCCAUGCUACGGACCGGCCCAGCAAGCGGCACGCGCAGCACGCCAGGUACCUGGCGGAGCUGGCCCCAGUCCCAGUGCCCAUCCUCAUCUACGGGCGCCAGGCGGAGCCGCGGCUGGCAGAGGUGAUCGCGGGGCGGCGCAAGCUAGCGCCACCUGCCACAUCGACGGCGACGGCGCCGCGAUCAACGAGCGAGUCUGGAAGGCGGGCGACGCAGGUCAGACAUAUCAGCGGGUCUCUCAUUCAGUUCUGCUUCGCAAGUGUCGGCGGGCCCUUCGAGAAGCUUUCCGCUGCGGCAGGCGUCUGCAAGGAGCUCGAAAAACAUGUGGACUGGGGCGUCGUGCAUCUCGGCGUCAUCGAUGACGAGGCCUUCGAUCUGACGAACAUCGCCCUCAUCCGAUUCAUCAAGGGCUGGAUCUCGGCUUGGGUGGUCCGAG